CUGUGGUGAACAGGGGCGGCGGCACACCUGGGGAAUAACCAGAACAGGCAACCGUGCUGAGUGGCGUUUUUCUAAUGGAAGGAGUCUCCACCGGGGACAUGCAUUGACUCUCUGCUGCGAAAAUAAGACAGAAAAUGUACACGACGGAGCGCAGGCGGAUGAGCCUGCAGAGGAAAGACCCGGUCCGGGUGUCAGCUGGAAGUUUGUGGCAGGACUCUCUGGCUAUGGAGCUGAGCGCAAACGGCUCGGGUAAACAGAUCGUGUCUCCACGUAGCCGGACCAGAGCCGUGUCCGUGGCAUACAUAGUGAACGAGGACGCGUCGGUGCCGCAGACUGAGGAGAACUUGUCCCUGAAGUGUCUGAAGGAAGCCUGCGCGGACGCACACGCCGUCUUCAAAACAAUCUCCUUUGAGAGAAUAUCCAUGGGCACCACGGAUAUCCUGGAUAGUUUCUACAAUGCAGAUGUAGCAGUGGUGGAGAUGAGCGACUCUUUCUGCCAGCCGUCUCUCUUCUAUCACCUGGGAGUGAGAGAAAGUUUCAGCAUGACCAAUAACACCAUCCUGUACUGUUACAAGCAGGAUAGUGAUCUACAGGCUGUCAAGGAGCAGUGUGGAAGCUACACGUUCAUCCCUUACGUGGUGUCUCCUCAGGGCAAAGUGUUUGCCUGCGACGCUACAAUAAUGACGGGUAUUAAAGAGUUGAUGCAGCCCAGUUUCCAGCUGGAGCCUCUGCUGACGCCGCUGGUGGACAGACUGGUGCAUCUGCUCAACAAUGUUCACGUUCAGUCCAGCGAGUACUUCCGGGAGUCGAUCAGGCACGAGAUCCGGAUGGCUCGGGAACGCUUCAGCGGCAAAGCCCUGAGUGAGGAGCUGAGCCGCAUCCAGAAACGUCUGGACAGCGUGGAGCUGCUGACGCCUGAUAUAGUCAUGAACCUGCUGCUGUCCUACAGGGACAUCCAGGACUACGAUGCCAUAAUCAAACUGGUGGAGACUCUGAAUGAGCUGCCCAUGUGUCUGGUAGCAAAGCAUCAGAAUAUCAAGUUUAACUACAUAUUUGCUUUAAACAGGAGGAAUCACCCCGGAGAUCGUGCAAGGGCUUUGGAGACAAUCCUGCCUAUUGUGGAGUCGGGGGUGAAGGUGGCGUCAGACGUGUUCUGCCUGUGUGGACGAAUCUACAAAGACAUGUUCAUGAGCUCUGGCUUCAAGGACGAGCGCAGCAGAGACCAGGCCUGCUACUGGUAUGGAAAGGCUUUUGAGACGGAGCCAACUCUUCACUCGGGCAUCAACAACGUGGUCCUCCUGAUGGCAGCUGGACAUGAAUUUGACACUUCUAUUGAGCUGCGCAAAAUAGGUGUGACUCUAAGCACGCUGCUGGGGCGAAAAGGCAGCCUGGAGAAGAUGAAGGACUACUGGGACGUGGGCUUCUACCUCGGGGCGAACAUCCUCGCCGACGAACAUCGAAAAGUCAUCACUGCCUCUGAGAAGCUCUACCGGCUCAAGGCGCCGAUCUGGUAUGUGGCAUCCAUUAUGGAGACGUACAUCCUGUACCGCCAGUUUGCCAAGCUCCCUGAGGUGAGAUCUCCUAAACAGGACACCAUGGACUUCUGGAUGGAGCUGCUUUUGCAAACCUGUAAACCCACUGACUCCACUGGCCGCUGCCCAGUUCUCAUACUGGAGCCGACUAAAGUCCUCCAACCAGCGAUUGUGUGUGUGAGCGAGGAGGAUGAAAGUCGCACCGUCCAGUUGAAACACAUCACACCCUUAAAGAAAGGCUUACACCAGUGGACUUUCCCAGCCUCUGCAAUCCGGGGAGUGAGUGCCUCGAAGAUUGAUGAGCGGAGCUGCUUCCUGUACGUCCACUACAACUCAGAUGACUUCCAGCUCUGCUUCCCCUCUGAGCUUCACUGUAAAGGCUUCUGCGAGCUGGUGAACUCUCUGCUGCAGCAGACUCAACACUCUGCCCAGGACCUGAACCAUGUAGCCGAGGGAGUACUAGAGUUCAUCUAUGAGACCAAUGACAACAAUGACAAGGUGGUUCUGGGAAAAGGGACGUACGGUGUGGUGUACGCUGGGAGGGACCUCAGCAACCAAGUACGCAUCGCCAUAAAGGAAAUUCCCGAGAAGGACAGCACGUACUCCCAGCCGCUCCACGAGGAGAUCGCUCUGCACAAGAGGCUGAAACACAGGAACAUAGUCCAGUACCUGGGCUCUGUCAGCCAGGAGGGCUUCAUCAAGAUCUUCAUGGAGGAAGUCCCUGGAGGAAGUUUAUCAUCUCUCCUGCGCUCUAAAUGGGGUCCCCUGAAAGACAACGAGGCCACCAUCAUCUUCUACACCAAACAGAUCCUGGAGGGACUCAAAUAUCUCCAUGACAACCAGAUAGUCCACAGAGACAUCAAGGGUGAUAACGUAUUGAUCAACACCUAUAGUGGAGUCCUGAAGAUCUCUGACUUUGGAACGUCCAAACGACUAGCAGGGAUCAACCCCUGCACUGAGACGUUUGCUGGAACUCUCCAGUACAUGGCCCCAGAGAUUAUAGACCAGGGGCCUCGGGGUUAUGGGAAGCCGGCAGAUAUCUGGUCCCUCGGGUGCACUAUUAUAGAAAUGGCAACAGGAAAACCACCCUUCCAUGAGCUGGGAAGUCCUCAGGCAGCCAUGUUCAAGGUGGGCAUGUUUAAGAUCCACCCCAAGGUCCCAGAGUGCAUGUCUGCAGAGGCGAAGGUCUUCAUCAUGAACUGUUUUGUCCCGGACCCCGACGACCGAGCCACGGCAACAGAGCUGCUGAAGGACCCGUUCCUCCGGUCGUCCCCCAGGAAGAAGGCCCGCGCUGCACAGGAAGCAGAAUCUAAAGACUCACUUUCUGCUGCCGACUACCAGCGCAGCCUGUCUGUGCCCAUCUCCAUCCUGGUGGAGGACACGGACUCUUACUCCGACUCCAUCGACCUGUCCUGCUCUCUGGACCUGCGGGCCAUCCAGUCCUCUCGUACAGCAGACGAAGAGGCGGAGAGCCCACCCAACACCAGCAGCUUCCUGUCAAUACCAGAGGACUCUCCAUCAGACAUGAGCAGUCCAGCCACAACAGGAGAGAACAUCGGUCUGUUUAUGCUGAGAAAGGACAGUGAGAGGAGAGCCACGCUCCACCGAGUCCUCACCGACUACAUCAGCCUGGUCGUCUUUAAUAUACAGGACUCUGUUCCUCAGCAUGGUGAAGGAUCCUUGCUGACUGCAGAACACAUCACAGAGCUCAUCAGCUGUCUGAAGGACAACAUCCGCUCCCCGGACAGGAAGCAGCUGACCAGCAGCCUGCUGGAGCUCCGAGCCAGGCUGCUCGCCUCCGCAGUGUCACUGAACAGCCUGCAGGCGGUGCUGUUCAGCUUCCAAGAUGCAGUGAAGAAGGUGUUGAGGCAGCAGCAGGUGAAACCUCACUGGAUGUUUGCUCUGGACAACCUGCUGAGACAGGCCGUGCAGGACGCCAUCACCGUGCUGCUACCAGAGCUGAAGCUGCAGCUGCAGUCGUCCUUUGAGACGGAGGACAGCACUCCUGACGAGCAGUCAGCCGACCCAGACACUCCCGUGGUCCUCGGCCCGGAGCGGCCCUUCAUGCAGCCAGACACGCAGCACACGGCGUCCGAAAACGAGGUCCCGCCUCCAGCGAGCCCCAACUCCCCCACAGAACUCCUCCUCAACAGCAGCUCCCCCCUCAGUGAGACGUUCAGGGACCUGCGACUGGAGACCAGCAGACUGCUGAGUCAGCUGAAUGAGAAGGAGAGAGAAUAUCAGGAGCUGCUGAGGAAAUCUGUCCGGAGGAAGCAGGAACAGAUAGACGCUCUGAAGAAAGCAGCAGUUAGUGAAGAUGGAGAUUUGGCUCACCAGAACAGCUUUAAACCAGAAUCAAAGGCUUUGGUUCGCUGGCUCAAGUCUGUCCCUGUAGAUCAAGACACUAUCAAUAAGCUGCUCUCUCAUGAGUUCACCUUGGACUGUCUCUUCUACAUGGCCUCCAGGGACGACUUGAUGUACUGCGGAUUAAGAGGCGGCAUGCUGUGUCGGAUCUGGAACGCCAUCACAGCUCAUAGGAAGACCAAACUCAGCACGCACAACGAGGACAGCGAGGACACUCUCCUUUAGUGGCUGCUGAUGUUGUGCAUCAAAGGACAGAUUUAUUGACAGGCUGGCCCUGUGUCCUCUGUAGCCGUCUCUGCAGGGAACUGAUGGAAAUCAGGAUAUAUUUUGGUUACUUUUUGGACUGUGAAUGUAUUUUACUAACUAAAACAAACUGACUACUACCAGUUUUAGUGCAUUUAAUGUAGAAUGCAAAAUGCAAAAAAUCUUCCCUUAAAAGUCACAUCUUGCCACCAUUUUUAUACAUUUUCGCAAGCAAGCGGAACCGCCUUGUAGACUAUUGAUUUGUCUACACUGCAAAAAAGGAAGCUGUGUCUAAAAACAAGAUAAAAACACUAAAUCUGAGGGAAAUUCAGAUAAUUUCACUUGACAAGAUUUCUUAAAAUUAAGAUUGUUGAAUCUAGAAAUAAGCAUGUUGAACGCUUAAAAUAAGAAAUUAACUCUUAUAACAAGAUUCAUUAUCUAACACUUCUAAAUUUAAAGUAUUUUUUUAUCCUGGUAAGAAACAGAUAAUUUGCAGUGAACUCUGCUCGGGCCAGUUCAAUUUAUCUCUUUUGUAAAUGUUUUGUCGUUUGUGGUCAUUUUGUGACCAAAAGAAGAUGUAAAAAGAUACAAAAUGACCAAAGAAAGACACAAAAAGACCAAAAAAGACACACAAAAGACGUAAAAUCACAAAAAAGACAUGAAAAGAUAAAAAAUUACCAAACAAAAAAGACUCAAAAAGACAAAAAACACCAAAAAAUACACAAAAAGUUGUUCUUAUCCUGGUAAGAAACAUAUAAUUGUCAGGUCACUCUGCUCGCGCCAGUUCAUCGCUGCUAGCAUCUUUAAUUUAUCUUAUUUUUUAAGAGUUAAUUCCUUAUUUCAAGUGUACAACAUGCUUAUUUCUAGAUUUAAUAAUUAUUUAAUAAAGAAAUCUUGUCAAGUUAAAUGUCAAGUCAAUGUCAAGUUUUUAUCUUGUUUUUAGACACACCUUUUUUUGCAGGGUACAUAGACACAUAAUAAAUCUAUUUUAAUGGUGCCUUCUGAUGACACUGUUUCACUGUGUUUUAUUGUAACUUUGCAGGAUCUAAUUUAUUAAGUGCAAACUGUAUUUAAGAUUUUCUGAGGGAAAACAGAUCAUGUGUACUGUAUAUUGUGUUUGAACUGAGUCAGAUAAUAAACAGGAAGCUUCUA